CCCAGCCUGUGCCAAUUUCUACAGCUUCUUUACUGCCUGCCUUCAUCUUCGCUUGGCUAACGGGCGGCGUGGAACGUAAUUUCCCAUUUAUUCUUAAGGCUGCAGUUGGGGCAUUAAACCAGGCUCCGUGCUGCUUGUUUAAGAAUGUAAAAAUACGGGGCAAAGUUGUUUUAGGGCCGGGCGCUCACCCCCUUUUAACACAAUUCUAGGCUCAGGGCUCGUGCCCCGUUAAGCGUUUUUUAACAAGGGUAAGGGCUGGAGCGGGCAGCGCUUCCUCUCCCCGGCCCUGGCCCUAAACGGACACUUCCCCGCGGAAGGGGACAGGGCAGCUCCCUGAACGCUGCAGUGAUGCCGCCGCCCCAGCUCCCUGGGGUGACGUAGGGUAGCGAUAGUAGCGCGCACUGGGUUUAUGGUGACCCGUUAAUAUUUUCCCUUAAAUUGCCAUUUCGCGGGGGCUGGGGUAUUAAUCCGUCUUCCUGCCCCAUCACCCUGCUGCCACGGGCCUGGCUCAGCCGCACCUGCCCCUCCACGUGCCAGCGAGGCCUCUCCCGGCCUUGCUACCGCGCGGCUGCGUUUCCUGAGGCUCGGCUGCUGGGCGGGCCGCGGUGUGGCCAACUGGGCCCUCAGCGGGGUUUCCCGCCCUGGCACCUGGGAAGGAAGCAGCAAGAACUAGGAACUAGUUCUUUCGCGGAGCAAGAUGGCUCCCGGCCGAGAAGGUAGUCACGAGACGCUGCGCUGCCGCACAGGCGUAACCGCUGUUGCGAGGGGAAUCCCGGAUCCUUGCGCCCCGAGGCCCAGGCCGAAUCGAGUGCCGGCCACAGGAGGCGGGGCUAAGCCGGCAGGACCCCAAGCGCCUGCGGCCAGCAAUGGAGAGGGAGCUGGGAUCUUGGAGUGAAAAUGUAUUGGAUUAUUUUCUGAACACUAACCAGAUUAAAACCAGAGAUGGAGCAGAAAUCAUCUGGUAUCAUGCAGCAAACAAUAAAUCACAAAUGAAAGAGGCAAUACAAAGUGCUGCUCAUAUGGUAGAAGCAGAUAUUCUUCUUUGUGGUGAGGAAGAAGGAAAUGGUGAACCAAUCAUGGCUCAUCCUCCUGAAACAAACAGUGACAACACAUUGCAGUCAUGGCUAAAUGAGAUUGUGAACACUAAAAAAGGCAUCAAGCUGGAUUUUAAGAGUCUAGCAGCGGUGAAGCCCUCUAUGAUGCUUCUUGAAGGCAUAAAGUUGCAUCUGAGGCGACCUGUCUGGAUUAAUGCAGACAUUCUCCCUGGACCUAAUGGAAGUAACGCUGUCGUGGAUGCAAAAAGAUUUCUAGACACUGUAACUUCAUUCUGCCCGCAUGUGACCUUAUCGUUGGGCUGGACAACUGGGUGGCAGCCUCAACAAUGCAAUAAAGGAUACAGUUGGGCAAUGGUGAAAGAGAUGGCUCAGAUAUGUGACGCACUUACUCAGCCUGUAACGUUUCCUGUUAGAGCAGCUUUGGUACGACAGUCAAAAUCUGAGUUGCUCUGGUUAUUACAAAAGUCAAACAGGUACAGCCUGACUGUUUGGACAGGAAUGCAUGAUGAGUACUCCAUAGAAGACCUGCUCUAUCUCAGAGAGAACUUUGAUAAAAGUAGGGUUUAUUAUGAUAUUUUGGAACCACAAAACUCUGAAUUCAGAAAGGCCAUAGGAAUAGAAGUAUGAAUAUAAAGGAAAUAGACACUGACACUAUAAAUAGUAAAUGAAACAAUGAAUUUACACUACUGUGGCUCUUUUGGGUAAUAUUGAUCACUAAUUUAAGUCCUGAUUGACUGAGGUCUGAGUAUCGCUGGUAUAGGUAUACACGGCUCUGCCUCAGCUCAGAGGACUGGACUAGAUGAGCUCUCCAGGUUCCUUAUUUGGACGUCAUUAAUUUUUUGUGACAACAUAUUAUUAGACAAAGGUACCAUGUCAAUCCUUUUUUCAGCCUUUUCUUUGAGCAUGCAAUGAAGUACAUCUUUUAUACAUGGAUCAAUCAAGCUCUCUGCUAUGGUAUGGGCUUCUGAUACUUUUGCUACUCAGUAGCUCACGCGGUAUGACCAUUCAAGUGCAUUUUCAUUAUCAGUACUUACUUUGGAUAAAAAACUGGUAAUGUCACUUUUCCUCUCAGCUAAUUUUCGCUUGAAAAAAUCAACAGGCUUGUUAAGUUACGCAGGAUGCCUAGUUUCUAAAUGGAGCCAAAGUAGAGAAGGUUUGAGGUUGCUGUUUGCUAGGACAU